GAACUGAUCUAAUCUGAUUCCCGGUUUAGUAGAAAUCUGAACCUUCUAUGCUGCUUUCUUCCCCAUUCUCUCGAUUCUAGCGACGGAGGGAGGAGGCUUCUAUCGCCGGACUUUCUUCUCCUAAGGACUUUUCCCGGCGUCGUCAUCCUCCUGAUAUCUCUGCUUCUUUGCUGUCACGAACACACAAGGUAGAAGCACUGUUGAAUCUGACUGUCCACGAGAUCUGUGAAAUUCUCACGAAUUGGCUCUGUGAUCUACACGAUUCGCGUCGUUUCGUUUCUGGAUCUGAGUUUCGAUUUAAAGUAAUUGAUCUGUGAAACCUCGAAUCUGGGUUUCUUAGCUCCAUCCAAGUCACGUGGUUUCUCUAUGCUCUGAAUACUUGUAUCUGUUAAGGAACACGGAGCUAUGUUAUCAUCAAGGUUUUCAUUUUUGGGGAUUGGAAGUGGUUCCAGCGAAGUUAAUGACUCUUUGGGUGUUUCUGUAAGCAAGAUUAAACCAAAUCUAAGUUUGCAGACGGAUAAAGAUGUGUACAGGCCUGGAGAUUUUAUCUUUGUAACUCUUGAGGUUGGUUAUUCUCCUGUAAGGGAUCAUGAGAACGGGGCUAGCCCCCCCUCGGUUUUGGUUGACAAGCUUAGUUUUGAGGUUAAGGGAGUUGAGAAAUUGGACGUUCAGUGGUUUUCUACUCAAAAGUCAUCACCAGGAAUCAAAGGACGAAAAGGUGAACACAUCUUCCUAGACAGCUCAACACCAUCCUUGAUCUCUAAUCAACUCCUAUCCCCCGGUGCUAAGAUGACAUUAAUGGUUAGAGCUGCACUCCCACAGAUUAUACCACCUUCAUAUAAGGGUGCUACUUUACGUUACCAUUACUAUAUCAAGAGCACAUUAAGCGGAAGAUCGAUGGCAUUAGAAAACAGUCAAUUUUACAAAGACUCGACAAAAGACUUCAUCGAAGUGGAGACUCGAGUCCCGAUUCAAGUAUGGGGAAUACAGAAGAACAAUGGGUUGCUUUUAGAGGAAAGUCACACUGAUGGGAUUGUUCCAACAAGUACCAUCCAGACAGAAAUAUACUGGAAAGGGAUGGAUGGAGACUCAGAAUGGACUAGAGCAAAUGACGCAUAUGAUAGCGGUGAGGAUGGAUAUGACAGUUCACGCGAUGAGAUCUCCUCUGUUUCUUCUUAUCCGAACAAAGGAAAUUUAAACAGAGCUUUUGGUAGUUCAUUGUCCUUGAAUUCUGGACCAAGAUUAUCUAUGAAUGCCACGUCAUAUAUUGAAGGUGUUGGAUCAUCUCCAAAAGAAAUGGUUUCUCAGUUAUCAGCUGCUGUGGUGUCUUACGACUCUGGACCUGAUGGCUUUUCUCCUGGUAAAUCAUCAAAUUCCAUGAAUCCAAGCCAACAGCCCAAGCAGACAAAUGGCGCAGGAGCACCUAACUCACCUGAAGCUGGAGCUGGAGAACCAAUUCCAUCAGAAAGAUUCACACGAGGAAGAUCUUACAAUAUCAGAAUGGAUGACCAAGUUCUUCUUAGAUUUUCCCCAAAGAAUGCAGACUCUACUUAUUACUUCAGCGAUAACAUUGGUGGAACUCUUACUUUCUUCCAUGAAGGAGCUAGAAGAUGUCUGGAGGUAUCGGUUACACUAGAAACUUCAGAGACGAUAAACAGAAAAUUUGUUCAUCCGUCUAGGAGAAGUUCUCCAACGCAUACAAAGGUCCAAAGCGAUCACCAUGAAGUGGUGGCAGACCUUAUUCAGACAAGCUUUCUUUUCUCGAUUCCCACGGAUGGUCCAAUGUCGUUCACUACACCCCGUGUUUCUGUGCAAUGGAUUCUUCGGUUUGAGUUCCUAAUCACCCCGAAGGAUGUGGACUUGAGCAGGUUUGAACAUCCGUUGUUAGUCCCGGAAAGGGAAAAAAGCGAAUGGGUUCUUCCGAUCACGGUACAUGCACCACCACCCCGAACAUCAUCAUCGCCUGCUCAAAACCGAGGCGAUAAGCUGUUCGGUUUGGAGCCUUCUUGGAUUCGCAGCUAAACCACCUCGUGCAAUAUAAUUUUAUUUUAAUUCUCUUUUGGAAUGUUUACCACAAACUUUUGUUUUUCAUUUUAUAUUUUCACUACUAGUUUAUAUAUAAAUAAAAAAACCAUCAUCUUCUGGAACACAAAUGCAUAUAUAAAUCUACAAGA